UUUGACAGUAGAUUAGUAAACAAUGUCUCGUUGGAUAGAAAUCAUUCUGAAUUGUCUCACUAAUAGACUACUAGAUGAGAUUAUUAGUGAAAUACCAAUUCCUUUUGAAAGUUUUGACUGCAGAUAGCUUUUCUUGUAAAAGUCUAUAUGAAUGUUACUAUGUCUUUUUACUUGAAACCUCCUAGGGGAGAGGUGAAUCUCCAUACCCUACUUGAAUGUGUUCAGCAAAGGAUCCUUUGUUAUGAUAAUUUGGAUGAUGUAACUGGCUUAAAAAAUAUUGACAAGUUUGAGUAUCUAAUAGAGGAUUCUGUUCUUGAUCGAACAAGUCAUUUUAUAUUUCGGAUGGGGGUUCUGAUUGGAUAUCUCCCAAUGAAAGUAUUCUUAGAUAAUGAAUUAGAAUUACUCAAAAUAAGACUGAAUGCUUAUGAAAUAGAUGAUAUGACGCGUUUCUUGAAAAAUAUCAUAAGACAGCUGAAAGAUUGCAUUCGACUGAAUAUUGAGAAAAAUUUAUCAGAUUUUUAUUGGUCUCUGUAUAAUGUGACUACAAAAUUUGUGGGAAAGGAGUACUUAUCCCAUAUUUUCGAGGGACAUAUCAAAGAUGAUUCUCACUCAGAAUGCAGUAAAGACUUAUGGAUGGCAAUUCCUUUUUGGUACUGUAAUGACUAUGUAACUAAAAGGAGUGUGAAUUUAAAAAAUGGCAAUGCUUUUUUCCAUUGUUCUCAAUGGAGACAUGUUAUCACUACUCUCUUCAAGUCUUAUUUGAAGAUUGCUCUAAUUGAAAUGAAGUAUAGUAGAAAUGUGUCAGCUUCAUUAGCUGAUGACCGUAUAUCUAGCUGCCUUCAGUUAUUGAAGAACCAAUAUUGUAAACAAAAAUUUCAGUCAGUUGGUAGCAUCGCCCUGAGGAAUAUAGAAGAAGAGUCAAUAUAUUUUCCAUUGUGUAUGAAAAGUUUAUUUGACUCGUUAAGAAAAAAUCAUCGGUUAGCUCAUAACGAAAGAUUCAAUUUGAGCCUAUUUCUUAAAGGAGUUGGAUUAUCUCUUGAUGAUUCCCUGAAAUUUUGGCAAGGCGAAUAUAGUCAGGAAAAUUCAGCGUGUUCAAAAUGUUCCCAUACAUGGCAAAAAAAUGAAAAAAAAUAUGUGUAUAGUAUAAGACAUCUUUAUGGCCUUGAGGGAUCAAGAAAAAAUUAUUCCAUGAAAUCUUGUAACCAUCUUCAAAGUUCUGAGUUGGGAAUUAAUUCAGAAGGUGGUUGUCCUUUUGUUCACCAUGAUGAUGAUCAUCUAAGGUCAUUGUUGAAAACUAAUUUGCCAGGAAUGGAAGAUGAUGUAGAAGUUAUAAUUUUUGAAAGGAAGGAAAAUCCGAAGGUUGCUUGUAAACUUUAUGGUGAAUGUAUAUCAAAACAACUGAAGGAGAAUUCAUUUCUAGAGGAGAAUAAUUUUGACAAUCCGUUGGAGUUUACUUAUCUUGUCAAAGGAAGAAAACAAAACCUCACCUAACGUAUAUAUAUUUUUUUAUGACUUGUUUUGGUAUUAUUAAUUCAAACAUGUCCUUAUGUUAUGAAUGGAUUUUUAUAUGAUGAAUGAUUUUAGAAUGAAUAUUAUAUUAUGUGUUGUAUAA